UCCGGAGGAAGGGUUGUUACUGCGCAGGCGCGCUGAGGCCAGAGUGCAGAGUGAGAGGGACAGAUAGUGAGAGGAGCCGGGGAGGGAGACAGAGGUGACGGCUCGGACCAGCUGUGCUUCCCCCUCUCCCGUGUCACUGACCCGCAUCGGUACAGCAUGACGGAGCCGCAGUCUGCGCUCCUGCUGCGGAGACAGCUUGCAGAACUGAAUAAAAAUCCAGUAGAGGGUUUCUCAGCAGGUUUAAUAGAUGACAAUGACCUAUACCGAUGGGAAGUUCUUAUUAUUGGCCCACCAGAUACAUUAUAUGAGGGUGGUGUCUUCAAGGCUCAUCUUACUUUUCCAAGAGAUUAUCCCCUGAGGCCGCCGAAAAUGAAGUUUAUAACAGAAAUCUGGCACCCAAAUGUUGAUAAGAAUGGUGAUGUGUGUAUAUCCAUUCUCCACGAGCCUGGUGAGGAUAAAUAUGGCUAUGAGAAACCAGAAGAGCGCUGGCUUCCUAUCCAUACGGUGGAAACCAUUAUGAUCAGUGUAAUUUCUAUGCUAGCAGACCCCAAUGGAGACUCGCCAGCCAAUGUGGAUGCAGCAAAAGAGUGGAGAGAAGACCGGAAUGGUGAAUUUAAAAGGAAAGUUGCCCGCUGUGUAAGGAAAAGCCAAGAAACUGCGUUUGAGUGACAUUUAAGCAGCAGCUAGUAGCUUCACAAUUUCAGGGUCUCCACAUGAGAAACAAGGCACUGUUUUUCCUGCACUCUACCCACCUUUUGCUGGACUUUUUGUUGUAAUAAGUUGGUGAACACUGGCUGACACUGGGGUUGCAAUAAGACAUGCCAGUUAUUAAUGCUAAGAGCCUAACAAGUGCCAACUCAAAGGUGAUUUACGCAUUUCAAAAUCUAAAGAACUGCUUUAAACUUCAGGAAGAAUUGUACAGACUUGUACAUAGCACAACAUGAUCUGGAUAAUAUAUUUACUGUUCAUGUACAUCCAUAAAUACACAUUGUACCAAAUAAUGCUUUCCCGUUGUAAGGAUAUGAAUUAUGUAGUUCUGAGAAUAUGAAUAGAGCAGAAAUAUGAAGGAAAAGAGGAUUUGUACUCGGGUUUGCCAGGCCUCUAUUCACCGUGAUCUCUCCAGAGGGGGAUGUUGUGUAUGAGUGGGGUUUUUUUUUUUCUUAACCCACCCCAGUCCCCCUCUUAAUUUGUAAAAGGCAGCAAGAACUAUACUGUGUCAGCUUUCAAGUAAUGUAGGUUCCCCGACCUGGCAAGUGCUCAGUGAAGUCUCUCAAACAUGGAUCUUCCGUCUGCUCUUACAAUCGAAACUGUUUUCUCUAUGCAGAAAAAGCCAUUUUGUGACGUUUAUGGACAAUACUUUCAGGAUUGAUUUUAACUCUGCCCUGCAGCAGGAUUUUAGCAGUGUUUGUGUGUGUUUUUUUUUUUCUUUUCCUUUAUUCUUUCUUAUUUUGCCCUUUAAAUAUUUCUAUCUUGUGUGUGGGAUAUUCAUCUAAUAAAUCUAUAAACCUAUUCCCUAGAAAUCCAGGAUUCUAACCCUAGCAGUCUUGUACGUUCAUGGGUCACUGCAGGAAUUUGGUUACCUUUUUAAAAGUGAUCACCCACAUAUAACCCCUAAGGGGCGUAAACUCCGGUAAUUAAACUCCUGAAGUGCCUUAUCACAUCACAAAAAUAGCUUCCAAAAAUGGGCGACAUUUUUUCUCUUUGGGUCCUGUGCAAAACCCUAUUCCUACAGAAUUGAUCUAAACAUGUGCUGCUCAUCUGCUCUGUAACAAGAGCCAGUUACAUCUGAGAGCCUCUAAAACCCUGCUGCUUCUAAUGAUUCAACCAGUGACUGCAUUUCCUGUGCAAUCCUUUUCCUUAGUUGUCUGGUAUUGAACUUUCAAGAAGGAAAGCAUGCAUAGGUGUAGGUUUAUCAAAGUAUCUUCAGGGCUUGUCACAAUGUUGUAUUUUCUGUCAGGUUUAUUUUUUUCUUUUCCAUUUCCUUUUUCUCAUCCUAAAUGUUUGUCUCUUCUCUAUAUUACAGUCAACUUUCAGUCUUCUGUUUCCUAAUUUUUAUUUUAUUUUUAACUUUCUUCAGUAGUUUUUCCUCAACCAGUGUACAAAGAAAAUAAAUUGCGAUGUAUAUUUUCAUGUAAUUUGAUUUUGGAAUUCUGUCACCUGUAGUGCGUUCUUCCAAAAUAUAAUUUUUUUUUUCCAAUA